AGCUGCAGGAUCAAAUUCAACCUUCGCGAGAAUGGAGCCUAAACAUCCAAGCUGGCCCCGAAUGCGUCGUUGCUAUGGCGCAGGUACUAUUGAUAGUCUCUACAAAGGAAGUGAUGGGUAUCCCCCUCUCCGGCGAGGGACUAAUAUAUGAAAGUCUCUACGCCAAUGCCAAAAACUGCCUGGCAGUAGGCGUAGAUGCUCUCAGACACACGGGGGAGCGCAUGAGAAAGGUUCAUCGCUGGGCGAAUGAGAUGGGUCGGCCCAGAGGCACGGUUGACCAAAUGACGAAGUAUCUCGACCCAAAUCAGUCUGCUGCCAGGGACCGACACUUCAAGCGAUACUUCGACUGCGGCCAAGCCAUGGCGAGCGACUCGGUGCAAGAGAUUUGCAAUAUCAGAAUUGAGUUCGGGAAGUGGCGAGAGCUUACAGCCUGCCUCUUGCGAGCACUGGAGGAGGCAGCCACACAGAACCUGCAGCAAGAACAACGUACCAAGAGCGAACUUGAGAAGAAGGAAAUGGAGAAAUUGCAGUCCGAGAAGCUGCUCGAGCAAGAACGGAGACUCCUGGCCGAACUCACGUCGAGGUUCGAAGGGGCUCUCGGCGCCUACGAGGCUGCUGUCAACAACAUCCCUCCCACUUUAGCCGGGGCCGGAGCUAUUGUCGGGGGCCUCGCGGCGGUGGGUGUGUCUGUUCCAGCUGCACUCGCUGGAUUACUUGCUCUAGGAGUGCAAUACUCAGUCAUUGAUUCUCGUCGGCAAGAGAAGACGGAGAGGAUCAACCGACUAGAGAGGGAAACCGCCAGUCUGAAAGGGACAUUAGCGGAACUCGCUGCUCACGCCCAAUCCCUCUCCCACCUAACCGACAUCGUACGAAGAUCAAUCAACUAUUUGUCUGACCUACAGGACAAGAUUGACAUGUUCAUGGAGUAUCUCAUCAACAUUCAGAACCUAUUGGAUAUUGGCACUGAAGCCGGAAAAUUUGUUUUCGACCCGACAAUUGGGCUAGAGGAACGUCAGGACAAAGAUAUAAAGAAGAGCAUCUUCGAAAAGUCAUUCCAACUGAAGGCUAGUUUCCUCUUCGCGGCCAAGGCAGCCAAACUGUACAACGAUGUCUCGUCCCAGUACAUCAUUCCCGGCAUCAAUUGGUUUAGUGGGCUUCGCCUCCUCGAGGGUCCAGCAGCGGGUGGUCUCGAGGCUACGUUGGACGAUAUAACGAGGCGGAGAGAGAAGAUAUGCUCUGGAGCCGAAGAACUCGCUGAGAAGAUGAAUGCGGACUUGGACAACUGCAUGGAGACCUUGAUCCGUGAGACGGCGAAGUCGUUUAAAGAAGCCGACCCGGAACUUUGGUCGGAUGCUGAGAGUUCGCGAGCGAUUGUGGGCACAUCAUGAUUUUCGGAGUCAUUCCAUCAGGCAAUUCAACUCGAUCAAUGUUGCCAUCAUCCCAGUUUGACUCCGGGUUUUGUUAUUACAUUACUCUACGCUGUUGACCAAGGAACACCUUAUGUUGCCAACCAAAGCAGCUCAUUGAUCAAUUGGUGGAUUCAUGCUCCGCCAACUCCUGCACCCCCCAUCUUCUUCUCUCUUCCCUGUACUCUGCCGCUAAGAAUAGACGGUAUCCACAGCAGGCUCUCGCCAUUAUGCCUGAUCCCAUACGCCACUGUCGCUUACUUGGCCUUCCACUGAUUAGGAGGCUAGUCUGGAUGGGUGGUUCCGCACCAGGAUACUGAGUCUUAGUUGCAAGAAUAAUUGUCUCGUCGUGCCGG